GAAACAUCCCCGAUCCAAUGCACCACCACGAACAUGCAAGUUCAACAUCAGCGGACAGCACAAGUACUUCCGACGCUGCUGCCGCUGCCAUGAAACGACGACCAAGCCGAAGGCACUCGACGACCCGACUCAUGCCCACCGACGCGGAAGAGAGAGACCACACACAUCAAGUGCUCAUGUACGAUACGCCGUCGUCCAAGGAUGCCAAGGCCGCCAAGGGCAUCCCAGCCGUGCACUCGUCGCAAGGGCUGCUGGACACGAACAACUCGUUCAUGACGUUCCGCCACAAAGCGUCCAUCUCGGCGCUUGCCCUGCUUCGAAACCCUCAACGACUGUGCGCAGGCACCCAAGACAACUUGAUUGUGAUCUGGGAACUCGACGAAUUCUCCCCCGCGUACUCACUAGAAGGCCACACGCGCUCCAUUAUCGCGCUCGAAGUCGUACCUGACACCCACACACUCAUCUCGAGCUCGGCCGACCAAAGUCUCCGCGUCUGGGACGGCAAGCAUGACUUCCAAUGCGUCCAGGUGAUCAACGGGUUCAACGGGCACAUCCUCAGCCUCACGGCCACAAACGACACGCUCUUCAUGGCGUGCCAAGACACGCACGUGAAGAUGGCGUCCAUCUCAUCUUCCUCCGCGGCGGCGCACGUGCUAGCGCCCCUCGAGAAAUGGACGCUCGUGUCCAACCACCAUGGCUACGUGUACGGCAUCCACUUGUACUCGGACAAGUCGAAUCGGAACCUGUUGUUCAGUUGCUCUAGCGAUUCCACCAUUGGGUGCUGGGAGUUGCCUGCGAUGACGUUUAUCACAUCGCUGCAUGGGCACCGCGGCAGCGUGCUAGACAUUGUAUCGGUGGGCCACAGUCUGUUUUCAGCAUCUCAAGACAAGACGAUCGGUUGCUGGGACAUCGACAGCAUGCGAUGCAACGGCAUCCUCAAGGGGCACACGGCGGCGGUGCUGAGCAUUUGUUCGCUCAAGGACAAGAACCGCAUCUGCUCGGGGUCGGCCGACGACACUGUGCGCAUCUGGAACACGCAGUCCCUAGCAUGUGUCCACACAUUGAACGGCCAUCACGGCGGCGUCAGCGGCAUAUUGAGCACAGACAUGUUUGUCUUUAGCGCGUCCGAAGACAGCACCGUGCGCGUAUGGGAUAUGGACUUUAUCACCAACAUGACCAGCACCAGCUCGACGUCGUCGUCGUCGGGGCGCUUGGCUGGUGGUCAUCACGACGACGGUAGCACCAGCAAUCACAAGUUCAAAAUGGAUGCGACGCUGCUGGCCACGUCCAACAAGCAAACGUCCGACGCGUCCCUGAUCCAUCUCCUGCGCAAGUUUGUCGCGAUUCAAACCGUGAGCGUCGACCCGACCAUGAUUGACGAGUGCUGGCUCGGCGCCAAGUUUCUCAAGAACUUGCUGCGACAAUUGGGCGCCGAGUGCCGAGUGGUGCACUGUGGCCCAGGAAUCAACCCGAUUGUCAUUGGCAAACUCAUCCACGACCCUACCAAGCCCACCGUGUUGAUCUGUGGCCACUACGACGUGCAACCGGCGGCGUUGGAAGACGGAUGGGAUACGAAUCCAUUCCUCCUCACCGGCCAAAACGGGUACUUGUACGGCCGCGGGACGACCGACGACAAGGGACCGAUCAUUGCGACACUGUUUGCGAUCCGCGAGCUGCUGUCGUCGGCCGACGGGGUGGCGUCGGUGCCCAACUUUAUGUUCUUGUAUCAAGGGGAAGGCGAAAACCAGGCGCAGGGGUUCAAGGAGGCCGUGGAGGACCACCUGAGUUACUUUUCCCCCGUGGAUUUGAUCUUCAUCUCCAACAAUUAUUGGCUCGGCGACCACACCCCGUGCCUUACGUACGGCAUGCGUGGAUGCUUGGAGAUCGAAAUCCAAGUCGACGGACCCGCCGUGGACGUGCACGCCGGCGUCGACGGCGGCGCCAUCCGCCAGCCCAUGCUUGAUAUUGUGGCGCUGCUCAAUGGCAUCCUGGACCCGCGUACCGGCCGGUUCACAGACGCGGGGUUCUACGACGAUGUCCGGCGGGUCACCCCCGAAGAGCUCGCCUUGUUUCACCACACUCUGUCGGAUUUCGACGUGGAUACUUACCGGCAGACACUUGGGGUACGCGACCUCUUGCCGCCGUUCCUGGCGACCGCGACCGCCAACCCGUCCGUGAAUGUGCUCAUGAACCGAUGGCGGUUUCCGUCGGCGUCCGUGUCGGCGAUCAAGGGCAGCAUCGACAACAGCAGCAUCAUCCCGCGGGCGGCUUGCACGGAGCUGACGCUGCGCACCGUGCCGGACCAGAGUCCCGAGGAAAUGGAGGCGCUGGUGUUGGCCCAUAUCCGGGCGCAGUUUGGCUUGCUCGGAUCAAGCAACACGCUCAGUUUGCACGUCAAGGCGAAUGUGCCGUGGUGGCUUGGCGACCUCGACAGCAGCUACUACAAGGCGGCGGAGCGAGCGUUGGAAAAGCACUGGAAGAAGAAGCCCAUGAUGGUGCGGGAAGGCGGGUCGUCCCAGAUCACCAUGUUCCUAAAGACAACUCUGCAGGCGCCCGUGAUGCAUUUCCCCAUGGGACAGGCGUCGGACCGCGCACAUCUUCAGAACGAGCGCAUCCGACUGCGCAACCUCCGCACGGGCAAGGACGCGCUGGUCGACUUUUUUGCAGCCAUUGCCACAGAUGCCGCGAUUGCCAACCCGUCGUCGAGUGGUAGUGCUAGUAGUAGCCCCGUCGUCGACAUUGGAGGAGGUGGUUUGUACCCCUCUCUGUGAUAACGUUCAACAUGUAUGUAUACAUACAUACACACAUCCCUCGACG